AUGGGUGAACAGCAUUUGGUACCGCCUAAUCAUCUUCAACAACAGCAACAGAAUCUCGAAUCACGUAUCAAUAAUGGGGGUCAUCAAGGUCAUUGUGCAGUGCACUCUUCACAACGACCUCAUACAACUUCUGAUGAUGACAUCAUUGAACAUGAAGAUUUUGUAAAUGAUGCAUCAACUAAAAUUGUUCAAAAUCGCUAUAAUGAUCAAUUAACUGAAGAAGCUGAAAGGCUUGCUCGUACACGUUAUCCAUGUCCACCUUUUAUUGUUCGUUUUCCAUCAUCUAAUAUAAAAGAACAGAAGGUGUCGGAAGAACUAUGUAAACAUUUAAAAGACAAUAAACAGCUUCAAUUAGAAUUAAUUGGAUAUCGUCGUUCGACCCUUAAUGAUGGUAAAUUGCGUGCUUGUUCUAUUUCAUUUCCUGUGGUAGAAUAUCUAGCUCAAGCUAGAGUUCUAAUUUGUGGAAAAUGUUGUUCGAUUGGUCAUUUUCGUCGUCAGUGUCGACAAAAUUGUGAGACUUGUCGUACAUGUAGACAGGCUGUAUCUUAUAUAAAACAGCAUUUACCUCUCUGUUCAAAACAACCACAUUGUAUACACUGUAAGCAAAACCAUGCCAGCGAUGAUAUGAGAUGUAGUGAAGUUAAAAAUCUCAGAGCUAAUCUUACACGUCGUCUACUGAAUAGUAAUAAUGGUCUUAUUUCUGCUUCUUCGUCACCAGGUUAUUUGUAUGAUCAGUCAAACUUUCCACGAUUACCUUAUGCUUAA